ACUUGGGCUUUUACCUCCCCGGGAAGGACUGAGCACUGGAAGGAUGUGUCGAAGCAGGGACAGGGUAUGGCUGUCCUGCCCCCUUCUAGGGUUGUUGCAAGGAUUAAAUGAGCGCGCCUAGCAGACAGUGAGCGCUCCUCACGCUCAGCUGUUUAUGUCCUCAUUGGUGAUCCCUGUUUUUCCCCAGUCUGCAGCUCAGGCCCCUGGGGGACUGCCCGGCGUCCCCCAGGAGCGCGCAGCUGGCUGGCCCUGGCAGGGCCCGGACACCUGGGGCCAGACCCCCCUCCGCAGCCCGCGGUGUCGCCUUCCCGGGCGGCUCGGAUUCCCGGAUCCCCUUACCCCAGCGGCUCGGCUGUCACGCCCUGGGCCGGGGGAGGGGAGGCUGCAGGAAGCGGCGGAUCCGGCGGCGACGGCUGUGGCGGUGGCCGGGGUGGCCCAGCUCCUCCUGCCAUGGAGAGCGCCGCGGCCCAAGAGACCCGGGGUGCCGAGGCCCCGCGCCCGUCCGCGCCCCCGCCCUCGCCCGCGGAGCCCCCAGCCGCGCCCCGCGCCCGUCCGCGCCUGGUCUUCCGCACGCAGCUGGCGCACGGCAGCCCCACGGGCAAGAUCGAGGGCUUUACCAACGUCCGCGAGCUCUACGCCAAGAUCGCCGAGGCCUUCGGGAUCUCGCCCACAGAGAUCUUAUUCUGUACCCUAAACAGCCACAAAGUGGACAUGCAGAAACUCCUGGGCGGCCAGAUAGGGUUGGAGGACUUUAUCUUUGCUCACGUGCGCGGCGAGACCAAGGAGGUGGAGGUCACUAAGACCGAAGAUGCCCUGGGACUGACCAUCACGGACAAUGGGGCCGGCUACGCCUUCAUCAAGAGGAUCAAGGAGGGCAGCAUCAUCAACCGGAUCCAGGCUGUGUGCGUGGGCGACAGCAUUGAGGCCAUCAACGACCACUCCAUCGUGGGCUGUCGCCACUACGAGGUAGCCAAGAUGCUCCGGGAGCUGCCCAAGUCCCAGCCCUUCACCCUGCGCCUGGUGCAGCCCAAGAGAGCCUUCGAUAUGAUCGCCCAGAGGAGCAGGGGCAGCAAAUGCCCCAUGGAACCGAAGGUGACCAGUGGGAGGGAGACCCUGCGUCUUCGUUCUGGGGGGUCUGCCUCAGUGGAGGAAGUGCCCAGCAAAUUUGAGGAGGAAGCAUCACGGAGGGUGGAUGACCUGCUGGAGAGUUACAUGGGCAUUCGGGACCCAGAGCUGGGUAAGGGGCCAGGCAUCCACCAUGGUGGACACCUCCAAGAAGACGCUGAGCGUCCAGGAAUUUGCACACCGUUUAGAUUCCGUCUUGGGCGAGUUCGCCUUCCCGGACGAGUUUGUGGUGGAGGUGUGGGCCGCCAUAGGCGAGGCCAGGGAGGCCUGUGGCUAGUCUGCCCUGGGGCCGAGCGCAGCCCCAGCCCAGAGCCCAGCCCCCUGCCCCAGCCCUCCUGGCCAGUUCCCGAAGCCCACCUCUGCACCAGAGCCCAGCCCAGAUCUGAGACCCAUCCUCGCUCUAGAGCCCAGGCCAGCUCUGGGACCGAGUUUACCUCUAGAACCCCUACCAAUUUCAAGACCAAUCCCAGCUCUGAGGCCAAGCCCUACUCUAGACUCCAGGCUAGCUCUGAGGCUGAGUUUAUCUCUGGAACCCAAUCCACUUUUGAGACCCAACCCAGCUCAAAAACUCAGCCCCCCUCCAGACCCCAGGCCAGCUCUGAGACCAAGUUCACCUUUAGAACCCCUACCAGUUCUGAGACCAAGCCCAGCUCUGAGGUCAAGUCUUGCUCUAGAACCAAGCUCAGUUAUGAGACUAAGCCUAGCUCUGAGACCAAGCCCUGUUCUAGACCCCAGGCCAACCCUGAGACAAAGUUCAUCGCUAGAAUGCAAUUUAGUUCUGAGACCCAACCCAGCUCCAAAACCCAGCCCUUUCCUAGAACCCAAGACAGCUCUGAAGCUAAACCAAGCUCCGAAAUCAAGUUAAGGUCUGGAUCCCAGAUAAGUUUUAAGACACAGCCCAGCUCUGAGAUCAGUCCCAGUUCUGGAAGCCAGCCCAGAUCUAUGACCAAGCCCUUCCAUAAAACUCAGUCUGAUGUUGGAACUCAAGACAACCCCAUGACUCAGCCAUACCUAGACACCCGGUCUAGCUCAGGAACUCCCAUUAAUUCUGGAGCCCAGCUCAGACUCCAGAAACAGUCCAGCAACAGUAGCCACACCAGUUCAGGACUGGAAGAUGGCUCCCAAACCCAACCCUGCUCACGAGCCCAGAUGCAUGCUGCAGCUCAGUCCAGACCCAGAUCCCAGCCCUGCUCUAAAACCCAACUGCACUCAAGUACCCACCCCCAUCCUGGGGCCUGGUCUGGUUCCAGUGAUGAGUUCAGCUCAGAGACUGAGUCCAGUUCUAGACCCCACCCUGGUGCUACAACCAGGCCCAUCUCCAGAAUUCAGACAAGCUCUGGAACCCCAUCCAUUUCUGAGGCAAGGCCUGCCUCCAGAGCUAAGCCUGAUGCCGAGCCCCGCUCUCACUGCAGAACGCAGACCAGCUCUAGAAUGCCAUCUAACUCUGGGACCCAGAACAAUUUUAAGACCUGGGCAAUUUCCAGAGCUCGGUCCAGCUCAGGCACUCCACCCAGCUGCAGAACUCAGCUCAAUUCUGAAGCACAGACUGGGUCUGAAAUCCCAUCCAGCUCCCAAACACAGUCAGUUGCUGAGACCCCACUGAGUUCAAGAACCCAGCUAAACUCUGGAAUCCAGUCUAGCCUUGGGACCCAGACCAAUGCAGCAACAGACGUAAUCUCUGCAAAUCUGUCUAGCUCUGAAAGCAGGCCCAGCUCCAGGACCCAGACUUGUCCAGGAGCUCAGUCAACUUCUGGAACUCAGCUCAUCUCGGAAACCCUACCAAGUUCUAGAUACCAGCUCCAAGCCACAGCCCAAGGCAGCUCUGGUAUUCAGCCAGACUUUGGGAAGCAGACCAGCUCUGGAACUCAGCCAAGCUCUGGAGCCCAGAUAAGUUCGAGAAUUCACUCCAUCUCUGGAACCCAGCCCAGCUCCACGAUUCACUCCAGCCCUGAGACACAGCCCAACUUGGAAACCCAGAGUGAUUCUAAAACCCAGCCUGUUUCUGAAACCCAACCCGGCUCUAGAACCCUGAUCAGUUCUGGAACGCAGCUCAGACCUGAGACCCAGCCCACCUCAGAGACUGAGCCCAGUGCAAGCAUUCAGCCCACCUCCAGGAUUCAGCUCAGCCCUGUGACCCAGCCCAAGCCUGGAACCCAGAGCAGUUCAAGAACUCAGCCCAGCUCUGAAACUUACCUUAGUUCCAGAACCCAGCCUGUUUCUGGAACCCAGUCCAGCUCUAGAACCCAGACCAGUUCUGGAACCCAGCUCAGCUCCAAGACCCAGCCCAGCUCUGGGACCCAGAGCAGUGUAAGAAUCCAACCCAGCUCUAAAGCCCACCUUAGCUCCAGAACUCGGUCUAGCCCUGAGACCUGGCUCAACUCUGAGACCCAGCUCAGUCACAGGAUUCAGUUCAGCUCUGAGACACAGCCCAUCUCUGGAAGCCAGCCCAGUUCAAGAAUGCAGCCCAGCUCUGGAACUCACCUCAGCUCUAGAAUCCAGCCUCUUACUGGAACUCAACCCAGCUCCAGAACCCAGACUAGUUCUGGAACCCAGCUCAGCUCCAAGACCCUGCCCAGCUCUGGGAUCCAGAGCAGUGUAAGAAUUCAACCCAGCUCUGGAGCCCAGCUAAGCUCGAGAACCCAGUUUACUUCUGAGACCUGCCUCAGCUCUGAGAUGCAGCUCAGCUCUGAAACCCAACCCAGCUCCAGAACCCUGAUCAGUUCUGGAACGCAGCUCAACUCUGGAGCCCAGCCCACCUCAGAGACCCAGCCCAGUGCAAGAAUUCAGCCCAGCUCUGGAGCCCAGCUCAGCUCCAGAACCCAGCCCAGCUCUCGGAUUCAGCUCAGCCCUGAGAUCCAGCCCAAGUCUGGAACCCAGAGCAGUUCAAGAACUCAGCCCAGCUCUGGAACUUACCUUAGUUCCAGAACCCAACCUUAUUCUGGAACCCAGUCCAGCUCCAGAACCCAGACCAGCUCCAGAACCCAGACCAGCUCAAAGAUCCAGCUCAGCUCUAGAAAUGGGCUCCACCUACAGACCCCUCGCCUUGACCCUAGAACCGAGGCUGAUCUCACUCGCCCAGCCCAGCAUCAGCCCCUAGGCCCACCACGCAGAGCUCCAACUCUGGGCCCUAGCACAGUCUCUCAGCCGCAGCCCCAGCCCCAUGAUCUGGUACAUGGAACGCAGGCCAACACUGGCCUGGGCCGAAGCUCACCAACUUCCCACCUGGCCCCACAGCCACAGAUCCCGUCAGCCCCCCAGAAACCGGUCCUCUUCCCCAAGCCCCAGCUAGGACCCCGGAAGUCCACCCCACCCACCAUAUCUGUCAUCUCUAGUUCUGCCCCCAGGGCAGUCCUCCUGCAUUCCCAGACCCCUGAAUCCCUAGCCCAGAGGCCUGUCCCCUCCCACACGCUCAAGGAGUCAGGGCCUGCUCCUUGGGGGUCAGAGCCCCUCCCCCACCAAGGGGAGCUGUAGCUUGAGGGUGACACAGUUUUGGCUUCCAAGAUCCCCCCAUCCUGUCUCUGGCCCCUCCCAGCCUGGGUCCCCUGGAAGCAGCAGGUGACCUCAUUCCCCCAGCAGGUAGGGGUGGGGGGAGUAGGGAGAGUGGAAACAGGGGCUUUAGUUUCACUUGGGCCUGGCUCUGGGAGGUGUAAGCAGAUCCUAGGUCUGUGGAGUGGAAAGCUGGGUGUGUGUGUGGAGGGGGCAUGUGGGCAGGAGGUGGAGAAAUGGGGGGCAGGAGGCAAUCUUGUCCUCAUGUACCUCGAGGGCUCAUGGGGAAUAAAGGCACCUCUCCUUGCA